AUAUAUAUAUAUAUAUGUAUACAUUAUUACUUGGAACUCAGCCUCACGCAAUGCUUGUAUUUCAGCAUUACAGCGUCUUCGGAUCUGAUCCAAUGUUGCUGAUCUUGGUAGUCUUUGAAAUGAUGGAUUGGUUUUGACCAGGUCCCAUAAGAGAAUCCUCUCCAUUUAAGGCCAACUUGAAUAAUUUCCAGUCAAACGUUGCACGUUUUCUAUAAGCAUCUAGUGGUCCUUUUGAAUGUACACUGUUGUUAUACUGGAAUACAAGAGAAGAACAAAUGCACUUCUUUUAAUUUAUCUGUAUUCUAUUACACUUAGUAUAUGCAAGAAUUAACUAGGCUUUAAGCCUGAUCUACAAUGUGCGUUCUGUUUCUUGUCUCCUGUCUUUUUCGGUUUAUAGCUUAAGGUCUGAGUCAGAAAGAGAUAGAAGAUAGAAUCAGAUAGAAAAAGAAGCAGGAAGAAAAGAACACAUUGUAAAUCAAGCUUUAAAAUCUAAUCUACAAUAUGUUAUUUGCUUCCUGUUGUUCUCUGUCUAGUUUAAGAUUUAAGUCGAAAAAAAUAAAGAGAAAGAAGCAGGAAACAAAGAACAUAUUGUAAGUUAAGCUUAAAACUUAAGAUUUAAGUUAGAAAGAGAUAAAGCAGUGCUCGGAAUCGUUUGCUCAUUUCGGCCACGCAAAUGACGGUCGCGGUUCUAAGCCUCAGCUGCUGGGAUUAUAAGAGGCGCAUCUAUGUGGUGCCAACCAAAGAUGCUUUCGGAAAGCAUGCUGAUCAGCGCUAACGCGUCACUCAAAUGCCCUGAGACUGAGAGCCGCGAUCAUCAAUUGCGUGGCAAGGAGAAGAAAUCAAUUCCGAGCACUAAAAUAAAGAGAAAGAAACCGAAAGCAAAGAAUACAUUGUAAAUCAAGCUUAACGCUCAGCCAAACAAGAACGAAUAUAAGUUUCUCUCUGACUCUUUAACACCUUUUUUAGUACGUUUGACCCGUAUUCGAAGUGCAAUUGGACCCAAUGAUUUCCACUAUUGAACUCGGAAGCGGCUACAAACAAAUGCUUCAGUGUGAACGCGAGACGGAUGACUUGAAAAAAGUGAUCGAGCAAAUCGUGGUGGAAAUCGCUGCGCGCUGUAAUUGUAUGGUUUUCAUUACUGAUCCAGCUUACCGUGGAUUAGUUGAAGCACGUACCAUUGAAGCAAUGUUUCUUAUGCCGAUGUAUAACAUAGGCGUACGCGAGAAUGAGGAUUUUUCACGGCCGAGGAAACCAAUAGAGAAGAUGCUGCGGCAUAUAAAAGCGGCUGGUUGCGACGCGUACGUUAUACUAAUCGCAAAUGGACUCCUGACAUCACGGUUCUUACAAUAUGCUCAAGAAGCACGUCUUCUCGACACGCGAGGUUAUUUUUUGCUCUUAUACGAUAGUCGAUUAUUCAAGCCAGAAUUACACUAUAUCUGGAACAGAAUUAUAAACGUGGUAUUCGUGCGGCGAUACAGUACGUACAAGUAUCGUUUGGGUGAGCGAAUUCUCGCUGAACGUAUCGAUCUCACCACUGUUUAUUAUCCGUCGCGUGAAAGAGAUGUCACAGAAAUAAAAUAUAUCGACACAUGGUACGACGGCAAGUUGCGUUACGGUAAUGACCACUACUUGUCGAAAACUACAAAUCUUCACGGCAACGGUUUACGUGUCGCUGUUUUCGAGCAUAUACCGACAGUGACAGAAACCUCGCGAGAAUACUAUGAUCAAAGCUCGAAUGGAAGCUCCAAAGCUUUGGGUAUCGAGUUCGAAUUGCUGCAAAUUAUAGCGAAAGCGAUGAAUUUCAAGGCAAACUACUACAUGCCCCUUAACAUCGUGAACGAGAAAUGGGGUAAAGCGGGCGAUAACGACAGUUACACCGGUCUUAUCGGCGAAGCAAUCGACGGCAACGCCGACUUCUUCCUCGGAGAUCUGCAUUACACAGUGCAUCAUCUGAAUUAUUUCGACCUAUCCACGCCGUACAAUACGGAGUGCCUCACCUUCUUGACGCCGGAAGCGUUAACCGAUAACUCGUGGAAAUUACUGAUACUACCUCUCAGACUGAAUGUAUGGUUAGCGCUGUUUUUCGUCCUAUUGAUAGCCGGCGGGCUGUUCUACCUGUUCGCCUUGUUCUAUCAGAAGUACAUAAUCUCGUAUAAAUACAUGAUCAGCAGAACGAACGAGAAACUGUUCGAAUACGACAGCGCAAAGGAUCUAUAUCUGUUCACGAAUCUUCCGAAUAGUUUAUUGUAUACGUACAGCAUGCAGCUUCAAGUAUCCCUGCCGCAUUUGCCGGACGCAUGGUCGAUGAGAAUCCUCAUCGGAUGGUGGUGGAUCUUCUGCAUUCUGGUGGCCAUGAUUUAUCGCGCCAGCAUGACGGCCACUUUAGCAAAUCCCUUCGUUACAGUAACUAUUGAUACCUUAGCGCAAUUAACAGCUGCGUCACUGCCGAUAGGAGGAUGGAAUGAGGAGAGCAAGGACUUCUUUCUCGCCUCUAACGAUCCUUACAGCCAGGAAAUCGGCAGCAAGUUCGAGUUGACGGAGAACGAAGAGGAAGCUAUCAAUCGGGUGGCCAAUGGAACAUUCUGUUACUAUGAAAAUUCAUAUUUAUUGCGACAUGUUCGAGCUAAACAAAUAUUCGAAAAGGGCAGGAAAAAGAACAAAAGCGAGGAGACCAGCGGAUCGAUAAUCAAGUAUAAUCUGCAUAUUAUGGAGGAAUGCAUCGUUCAUAUGCCGAUCGCAUUAGGAUUGGAAAAGAAUUCUCCGCUAAAGCCGCACGUGGAUAUAUUGGUAUUUCGUUCAACGGUGGGACGAAUGAUGGAAAUCGGCUUAGUAGAGAAAUGGUUAAGCGAUGUCAUGGAGUGGUCAAAGAUUACCGAAUCGCGGCAAGAGUCAGACUCUGAAGAAGGAUUGGUGGAUCUGCCUAAACUGCAUGCCGCUUUUGUUGCUCUUGCAAUCGGUUAUUUUUUUAGUUCUGUAGCUUUACUAGCCGAGAUACUGUAUUGGAAAUACGUCGUUUUAAAAGAUCCAACAUACGACAAGUAUCAUUUGGAUACAUUCUAUAAGAACCACAAAUUGAAAACCUAAGACAAUCACAUUUGGACUUUAUAUACUUUAAAAUGUAGGAAAAAUUAAAAUAAAGGUUAGAUCAAGAUUA